AUGAACUUUGUACGCUUUUACUUGUUUUAUGUACCAUUACCAUUACCAGUACCAGUACCAGUACCAGUACCAGUACCAGUACCAGUACCAGUACCAGUACCAGUACCAGUACCAGUACCAGUACCAGUACCAGUACCAGUACCAGUACCAGUACCAGUACCAGUACCAGUACCAGUACCAGUACCAGUACCAGUACCAGUACCAGUACCAGUACCAGUACCAGUACCAGUACCAGUACCAGUACCAGUACCAGUACCAGUACCAGUACCAGUACCAGUACCAGUACCAGUACCAGUACCAGUACCAGUACCAGUACCAGUACCAGUACCAGUACCAGUACCAGUACCAGUACCAGUACCAGUACCAGUACCAGUACCAGUACCAGUACCAGUACCAGUACCAGUACCAGUACCAGUACCAGUACCAGUACCAGUACCAGUACCAGUACCAGUACCAGUACCAGUACCAGUACCAGUACCAGUACCAGUACCAGUACCAGUACCAGUACCAGUACCAGUACCAGUACCAGUACCAGUACCAGUACCAGUACCAGUACCAGUACCAGUACCAGUACCAGUACCAGAACCAGUACCAGUACCAGUACCAGUACCAGUACCAGUACCAGUACCAGUACCAGUACCAGUACCAGUACCAGUACCAGUACCAGUACCAGUACCAGUACCAGUACCAGUACCAGUACCAGUACCAGUACCAGUACCAGUACCAGUACCAGUACCAGUACCAGUACGUGUACCAGUACCAGUGCCAGUACCAGUACCAGUACCAGUGCCAGUAUAUAUAGCUGCCAUAUAG